UGCUUCUUCCAAACCGAACACACGGGCUCACCGCUUCUACCCUUCCAGAGUCUCCGCCGCUUAGCGCCUCCAGCCCUCCACACGCGCAGGCGCAGCCAUGGGGAUGAGCUCGAUCCGAUCGGCCCUCGCGAGGGCGCUUGUUGCCCCGAAGCUGCGUGGCCCCCACCGGUUCGCCGCCACCGCUGCCGCCGGUGAUACGCAGCCCGAAAGGGUGGCGGCGGAGAUGGUACGUUACGCCCUUGGUGGCGCCGUUCACCGGAGCUCGCCAGAGGAGGCGAUGCGGAUACUGGAGCAGGGGGCCUCUAACCUGCAGGGCGGCGGCGAGGGAAGCGCUGAGGCCGUGGGGCUGCUCAUGCUCGCCAUGUCCACGCUACUCUACCAGAGUGGAAGACGCCAAGAUGCAAUGGAAAAGCUCAAAGCAACCCAACAAGUUGCUCCUUCUGCAGCCUUCAGAGUUGCAGCGUGGGAAGCACUAAUGGGACUACACAUGGAGGCAGGCCAGGAGAUCUCCAAUUCAGUGUCCCCUAAUGAUUCAGUUGAUCUGUCGAUCAAAGAUGACAGCCAGUGGUCUGAUCAGGAUCAUCUUAAAUUUCGGGUUAAUGCUAUCAAAGGACUUAUUGCACUUCUGAAUGGAGAAACAGAAUCAGCAGCCCAGCUGUUCACUGAUGGGUGCAAAGACUUCGCUGGAGGCAAACACCAAACAGAAAGUGCUGCCUUUUCAUACGGUGAAUAUUUGCAUUGUGUUGGGGAUUUUCCAAUGGCAACACAAGUGUAUGAGAGUGUUCUUGAGGCAGCUCGCAUGGAAGAUAUGUCUGGAAACCUUUUAGCAGCUGGAAACAUGGUUCCUGAGGAGGUUUCUCUUGGGGCCACUUGCUCAUAUGGCCAGCUUUUAUCUCACUCUGGGAAGUUUGGUGAGGCAGAGGAUUAUCUCACAAGGGCACUACAAAAGGCUCAAGAACAAUUUGGUUCAAACCACCCAAAGGUCGGCAUCGUGUUGACCUGUGUAGCUAGAAUGUACAAACUCUUAGCAAUGUCUGAAGGUUCUAGUUCAAUUAUGGUUCAGGAGGGGCUGUACAGGAAGGCCUUAGAAGUAUUGAAAGCCCCUGCUAUUAAUUCUGAGGAAACCAGCAAACAUAUGGAUUGGAGAGAUAUCAUCUCCCUUGCUAGAGGCGAGUAUGCAGAGCUGUUGCUAAUUCAGUCCAAUCGGAAGGCGGAAGGUGAACGUAUGAAGGAGUGGGCGGAAGAUGCUUGGAGGAACCGUAGGUUAACGCUAGCUCAGGCACUAGAGUUUUCAUCAGAACCUUCAAAGCCGACUGUCGUUGUUGACACCCGAAUCGGCCGGGUGCUGUAGCUCCCCAUCAACAAUCUAGUGAAAUAUACCCUGAAAUAAUCAGUGAAACCCACUUCUAAGGCUCUGAUGUAAUAUCAUGAGUUGUCGCUCCC